CUCUCACCAUCUCAUCACACCAUCGGGAGACCUAUAGCAGAGCAGCCCUGGGAUAACGCUUCUGUGCCAUAGAACAGUCCCACCUCAUCAUGUACACCUACGUCCCCCUUUCCCUCCUCCUUCUCCCCGCUCUCCCAGCUCUGGCAGCUCCCCCUCUCGGUGUCAGAGCUCCGUCCUCAGCUCAACAAUUAUCCUCUCGAUCCCCAACCCCUGAACCGUACAGGAUGCCAUUGAAAGCGCAUCGUACGAGGCAAUUCUCUUCAGAUCUGUCAGAUAGACAAAAUUGGCUCAAGGCUCAAGCCGCCAAUGCAAAGACAAAGUAUCGUCAACAUCUGUCUCCGGAAGCGAGGGAUAAGCAUGAUGAAGAUCUUGCCAGGAGAAAGAUGGAGAAGCGAGCGACAGGAUCGGUGACCCUCACAGACUCCGGUAUCGACGCUUCGUAUUCGGGUCAGGUAGCCAUAGGGUAAGUCUCUGGAUCAUACCCAGCAUGCCUCGAGCAGCACUCGAUCCUGACCUUUGAUUGAUGUCUUGCAGCACCCCGUCUCAAGACUUCCUCCUCAUCUUCGACACUGGUUCUUCCG